AUGGUGGGACAAGAGGAUCCAGUGCAGCGCAAGGUUCACCAGGACGGGGCGAGCUGGGAGUACAUUGAGGUCAUCACCAGCAGCAGCAAGAAAAUUGCAGACUUUCUCCACUCAGGACUCGCAACACUAAACGAGAAACUGACAGCUCUUGAACAAAGAAUAGAGUACACUGAAUGA